AUGAGACCAUUAUCAGCGUGUAUAGCAUGUCGCGAUCGGCGGAAAAAAUGUGAUCGAUCUCGGCCAGGUCUUAGUUGCAAUUUCUGCAUCAAGAGAGGCCUCGACUGUGUAGGAGUCACAGAUGACCCUGUCCCCAACAUCUUGGAAAGACAUUACGAGUCACUUGACAAUCAGACAGAGGAUGGUCGACCUCGUCGUGUCUCGUCCUUGGUUGUGCCUGAUGCCGCUCUGGCCGAGGAGUUGGCGAGUCUCUAUUUCCGGUAUAUGCACAUCACCUUUCACAAUAUCUUACACCGCGCAACCUUUAUGGCUCAAGUAAAAGAUUCUUCUGUCCCAAAGAUUCUGUUCUUUGGUAUUGCGGGCCUGUCGGCGCGCUACUCGACACAUCCAACCUUUGCGUCCAUCACGCCGUGGGAUAGAGGACGGCCGUAUCGCGAUGAAUGUAAGAGGUUGCUCGACCUGGAGGACACUUCAUUGAUUAGUAUCCAAGCUUGCAUGUUGCUUGUAGCAAAUGCUUCUGUCGAGGGAGAUUCUCGGACCGAGUCGGUAUAUCACGCAAUUGCUUCUCGCAUGGCCAUGCUAUUAGACCUCCCAAACUUACCAACCGAGUCCCUUCUGGAGAAGGAGAUUAAUAGAAGAGUAUGGUGGUCUCUUAUUACAACCGAGACAUGGGCAACCGCAACUCAAUCUCUCCCCAGGUCUAUAAAACCACAAAACACGAUCCCGCUACCCAUGGAUGAGCGCCGAUUUGCCUCAUUGAGCUACGACAUGCCAGUUUCGCCGUCUGACUCGUCGCUUCACGCGUCACCCGGUUGCACCUUUGAUCCCCAAUCUUUGGUAGCUCAAAUGAUCCGGCUUAAUCUCUUACUUUACGACAUCAUUCUCUUUCUCAACUCCCGAAUGGUGGAUGAACAUGAACAAUAUACGAUGAGCGGAGAAUUCGAUCAUCAACUCCGCCAUGCGCUUGAUGAGUGGGCCGACAAUUUACCCCCGAGACUUCGUUAUUCUGAGGACAACGUGAUAUACUGGGCUGAUGAGAGCUUUGGUGCUAUUUUUAUAACACUGCAUAUCAACUAUAAUCACGCCGGCCAACUCUUAUUCUACCAACACCUUCACUCUGCUCAAGAACAGGAUCAAAGCGAAGACGGUACACAAGGGUUUGCCCAGCGAUGUAAACAGCACGCAACAAACUUAUGCGACCUCAUCUACAAAGCGAAGCGGCGAUCAGAUACGGUAGUUCUAUAUCCGCUUGCUGGGCAUAUACUAUGUCUGGCUUCUACGGUUCAAAUCCAUACACUUCUCUUUGGAAUCGACGAUGACGAGAUCGCCGCUGCCAAGACGCGGUUGGAAAGAAACUUUGAGAUGAUUUCAUCAAUGAACAACUAUUGGCCUAUGAACCAUAUGUCCAUCAGUCGGCUACAGCAUUUCCAUAAUGCCUGUCUCCAGAGUAAAGAUGACUCAUUUCGUUUAGAUGCUUGGAUGCUUCGAUUCCUAUUGGGGUUUUCACAGGAUAUCACGGAUAGGGAUGCAAUCUGGAUGUAUGGGAACCAGGCGCUGGAUGAGUUUGAUCCACUGAGGGAUCUCUUGGAUAUUUAA